UAAGCCAAAUUUCAACGGUGGGAUUGGACCUUCCCCACUCCACGCUCCUCCCCAAUCCCAUCGAACUCAUCAUCUUCUCUCCUCUCUCUGAAGAGUCUACUCUGCUCCUCUCCGAUCCAGUCCCAGUUCCAGAGUCCUAAACUUUACCUCCAUGGACCCACCACCUCCUCCCAAUCCUUAUCCUCAGCCGCCCUUCCCCACCGCCACCGCCAUCUCCGCCGUCCCAACUGCCGUCGAACCCGCGAACUACAAUAACAACACCACCCCGGUUGCCCAUGUAGCUGCCAACCCCACUCAAGUAGCUGCCCCUACUUUCACCCACCCUCCUUAUGCUGAGAUGAUAUACGGAGCUAUUGCAGCGUUGAAGGAGAGGGACGGGUCGAGCAGGAGAGCUAUAGCUAAGUACAUCGAGCACCUCUACCCGAGCCUCCCACCUACUCACGAUUUCUUGUUGACUCAACAUCUUAAGCGACUGAAAAACUCUGGUCAUCUUGAAAUGGUCAAGAAGUCCUACAAGAUCCCCGGUCCUCCCAGAUCUGACGCUCCGCCCCCUCCUCUCCCUAUCGACUCUGCUCCUCCUCCCUCUGCUGCCUCUCCUGACAAGCCCCGUGGCCGCGGCCGUCCUCCCAAGCCCAAGCCGGAACUGCAGCAGAUUCCGCACCAGUAUAUUUUGCAGCAACAGAUGUUGCAACAACAACAACAGCAGCAGCAGCAGCCGAUUCCCAUUCCCCAGCAGCCGAUUCCCAUUCCUCAGCAGCCGUUUUCAAUGUCCAUUCCUCAGCAGCCGAUUUCAAUUUCAUUUCCCCAACAGCCGAUUUCGAUUCCGAUUCCUAUUCCACAAAUGCCGAUUCCCAUUCCACAGCACCCCAUUGUCCAGCCCAAUUAUCAGGCUUUUCCACAGCCCACACUGCCGCAGACCUUGCCCGAGCCCGUUGCUCAGCAGCAGCCCAAUUCUCAGCCCAUGCUAGUUUCCCCGGGGCCCGCAGAGGAGCCCAAGAAGCGACCUGGCCGGCCGCGUAAAGCUCCGGCAGCCCUUGCGAUCGUGCAGAACAGCCCAAUUGUGUCAGCCAAGAGGGGCAGGGGUCGUCCUCCGGGGUCUAGGAUGUCGAAGAAGAGACCAGGGCGUCCUCCUAAACCCAAGACGGUUUCGAGUGUUUCGGGUCCUAACGGGAUUGUGAAGAGGAGGCCAGGACGUCCCUCUAAAGCUGAGCCGAGGACUGUGUUUAUUCCAUAUAAUGCUACCAAUGUGCCUAUAAUUGGAGCAUUUGAUCAAAGCAAUGGGCCCAAUGUAGUGGUGCCACAACCGGCACCAAGGCCCAGAGGUCGGCCCAAGAAGGAUAAGUCAGCUGCUGCCUCUUCUGGUGUGGCUGGGGUCAGUGGUAAGCCGCGGGGCAGACCGCCUCUGGUUCCCGGGAUGGACCGGCCCAAGUUAAGUAGGAGUGGGAGGCCUGUUGGCAGGCCCAGGAAGGAUGCAUCGCUAGCAAUAACUGCAGCACCUGAUCCAUAUAUAGCUGAAAACGCAGAAUUGAAGAGGAAACUGGAAUACUUGCAAUCAAGAGUGGUUCAAGCUGUUGGUGUGCUAAAACCUUUCUUGAAUAGUGGAAGCGCAGUUGAUGCUGCUGCUGCAAUCCAAGAAUUAGAAGGGCUUGCAACCAUGGACAUCAGUGCCCCGUUAAUUAUUGCAACUCAGCAGCCGGCACUCCAAAGUUGAGAAAGCCUUUGCUUAUGUUAUACCUGUUUGUGAGAUGAAACACACAUAUGAGGUAAAACGGGUCUGUAAAGCGAAUAGGAGGUUAGCAUAACUAACUGUCUUUAUUGGUAGAGAUUAUGGCCUUGUCCAUUUAGUUUGUUGUUUGUGCAAUUUUAGAAUGACCCACGACUCAUUUGUUCCUUGUACGUUAUGAUUUUUAUUCACUUUGAGAAUAUUUGAUCAUCUUUGGUUCAAUUUAUAUGCAAGAUCUUACUGUC